AAUUUUCCUCUGUGUGUGAAUUAAUAUAAAUGUGUGUUUCGCUAUUCUCUAGCUGUGAUCCAGGCUCUGAGCAUUGUGAGCCUUUCAGAGCUGCCUGUUCAUGUCUAACUUUACUGCCUCUCAGUGUACACCCCCCCACCCUCUCUCUCUCUCUCCCUCUCUCCCCCUCAUGUUUGACAAACUGCCAGCAGCUGUUGCUCAUUUCACAAUGGUCCCGCCCAUAGAGUGCAGAGAGGCUCACCACAGUAGAUGAGAAGCAGAGCUCCGUUUAAGAAGAGAAUUUAAAAGUUUCCAGGAUCUCCUGCUGCUGUUGGGAGAAGCCACUCUGAGCCGGACAGCACCUUCCUCUGCCUCCUCAUGCUCCUGCAGGCAGAGCUGAGGGCACGGCAAGCACACGCAGCCUGUCGACCAGAGUCUCGCACCCUGAGGAGAUGGCACUGCAGAGGAGGCUGCUGAUCGGCGUGGGGAUCAUCAGCUGCCUUCUGUGCAUCUACAUCCUGUGUCUGAACAUGCAGAGGCCCAACUCCUGGGCCAUAGCUCCUCCCAAUAUCUUCCACAUCCUUCCAUCAAGGACAAACAGCUUCCAGGAGCCUCCAGACCGACUAAACUUAACCAAGUGGCACCACCUGCCUGUGACCUCUACCCCACAUCUCACCAGAGUCUCUCAGACUUCAGCUUUAAAGACUCAAAAAGCCACAAAACUGCCAAAAGCCACAUUAGGCAAAAAUCUGUCAAAGUCCAACUCUAUGCCUAAUGGUGGAGACGAAGGCAAAACUCUCGCGACUCAAACUGCUAAAGCACCACGACUGACAGAGCCACCCUUCAUUGGAGACUACUACAUGAGUGAAGAUGUGCCCCCUCGCACAAACUGUUCUGAUGGUAUCCAAAGUCGGGUGAAAAAAUCAGAAUUCAGGGAGAAGUUUCUGGAGCACAUUCCGGUUCUGCAGUGGGCCAAACAUGUGACUCCAAAGCAGCACCAGCGCCUGAGAAAUUAUCCAGGAAGCCAUGGCUGGGGAAACAUUGACUAUGACUCUCUGCUGGGAGCUCUCUCUGUGCUGAACUCCUCCGCUAACCAACAGAUGCUGGACGACUGGGUGUCUCGCAGGAAUAACUCUAAAUGUAGUCGAUGUGCCGUGGUUGGAAACGGAGGAAUACUGAAGGGUUCAAAGAAAGGGAAGGAGAUCGACAGCCAUCACUAUGUCUUCAGAACCAAUGGGGCGAUCAUCAAAGGCUUUGAAGAGGAUGUAGGUUCUCGGACCACCCAUUACACCUUCUCUACCAACACUCUGAUCAACUCGAUGAGGAGCUAUGCUGGUUCUGGAUACAGAGGACCACCAGUGUCUAAGGAAACCAGAUACGUUUUCCUACCGGAUCAUGACCGGGAUUACCUGCUGAUGAAGGCGGCAGCAACGCACACUCUAGUGGAAAGAGGACCUGAACGGGCCAAAGAUCCGACAAAGUACUUUGGAGCAGACGUCUCUGCGAAAAAGUUGAAGAUGUACCACCCAGAUUUUGUCCGUUACCUCAGAAACAGAUUCCUUCGUUCGGGUGCUUUAAAAACCAGAUUCAAGGACAUCUACCGCCCAUCAACAGGCGCUACAAUGCUGCUGGCUGCACUGCACACCUGUGACCAGGUGAGCGCGUAUGGCUUCAUGACACCGGACUAUAAGAACUAUUCGGACCACUACUUCGACAGCACAUACCACCCUGUGGGUUUCUACGUCAACCAUGACCUGCGCAUGGAGAUGAUGCUGUGGCAGCAGCUGCACAAAGCAGGACUCAUACAGCUGUACAUGCACAAGGAAUUCAACAAAGACCAGAAAUGAUGUCACUCUUCCUCCUUCACUUAAGUUACAAGGAGACGGGAUGUGCAGGACUUCACCAAAGUGCCUCAGAACUGAACAAAACCAGAGGGGACAUAUUUUCCUUUCAUAAAGGCAUGGUUCCUUUUGUUUUUAAAAGGCACCAGCAUCACCGUCACGGUAGAGAUUUGUUUAAAGAAGCAACUCUUGAAGAUAAGAAAAUCUUGUUUUGGGCGUUGGAGGGUCAAAUUGUGUUUAGAUACACAAAUAAAAAAAAUUAGGAUUGAUGACUGGAUGAAUCUCAUUAGAUGUGACCCCCAAAUUUUGGUUUGCUUCAAAGUUUUCAUUAAGUUUAGAUGAAAAAAGUAUUCCUGGUGGGAAUUGUUUAGUUUUUGUUUCCUCUGAGGGGCUAAAGCUGAAGCAUAACGUGUCAAAUGUUACUGAAAGGGCUUUUUCAACCAAAAUCUUUAUUCCAAGACACUGUUCUGAAAAGGGAUGAGACUGCAACUGAGUUUACUUGAUUAAAAUGUUUCUGCACUUGCCUUUGACAGGCUGAGCUCUGCUGGCAGCAGCUAAUGUCCUUCUGUUCUUUACUUUUCUGUGGGAGAAAAUCUAACUAUUUAAUAUGUGAAUGUGGAAGGAUUUGUAUGUAAGUGACCUUGUCGCUCCACUUGUAUUUUUUAUUUAAGUUGCAGUUUUAUUUUUGGACCACUUUAAGUGCCUUUAUCAUAUUUUGGCAUCUUUAGAAUUUUAAUUUGACUAAAACUUAAUUUUUUUGUUCAUUCAGAUCAUAUGUAUUCAUCUCAGAGUUGCAACAAUGCCAAACUGUUAUUCAGGAUGUGACAUCAUCCAGUAUGGGAAGGAUAAGCAGUGACGAUUAGUUUUGUUUUCUAACCAGACAUGCUUUAAAAAUGAGAUGUUGGAAGAAAAACUAAGGAAGCACGGAGGGUUUUUGUUUCAAAUGAGUUUCUGGUUGAGUUCGUUCAUAUUGAGAAAUGAUUUUCUAAACUGCUCAAAGGGAACCUUUCACUAUGCAAUUCCUCAAUUUUUUUAAUUCGGUUUCUAUGAAAAUGAAUGAAUAUGUACGUCAUCCUGUAACUUUGCACUAAUUUCACAAAUUCACAAACUUGCUGGGAAGGAACAUGUGGAAAAAAUAAAUUCUUGCUCAAAUAAUAUCCAA